UCAUCAGGGCCAGGCAAGCUGAUGGGAUGUACACUUAAAAAACGCAGACGGGCUUAGGAAGCGCCCCUGUGCACUGCUUGAACUGGCUGAGAGUAGCGGCAGGUCGGUUCAGUGAGCAGAACCAGGCAAGCAGAACAUCCAGGAUGGCUGGAAAGAGACGAGGCCGAGGGAGCAGCGUCCAGCAACAACAGGCCCCACAGAACAAAAGACGAGGCCCUUGCAGAGCUCCGCGGGAGCCGGCUGCUUUUGCCAAGUCUACGGGUUGUGAACCAGAGAUCCCGCAUGAAAAGCUGAGCAUUGCCCAAGCGCAGAGGGGCACACCAGCUCAUCGUCCGGUGCGAGUCUAUGCUGAUGGAAUCUUUGAUCUUUUCCAUUCGGGGCAUGCUCGCGCACUGAUGCAGGCCAAAAAUGUGUUCCCCAACGCUUAUCUGAUAGUAGGAGUCUGCAGUGAUGAACUCACCCACAAGUUCAAGGGCUACACGGUGAUGACAGAAAAUGAACGCUACGAAGCCCUGAGGCAUUGUCGUUAUGUUGACGAGGUGGUGCGGGACGCUCCCUGGACCCUUACCACAGAGUUCCUCAAGAAACAUAAGAUUGACUUUGUGGCCCACGAUGAUAUCCCUUACACCUCGGCUGGAUCAGAGGAUGUUUACAAGCACAUCAAGGAAGCAGGGAUGUUUGUGGUCACUCAGAGGACAGAGGGCAUCUCCACAUCUGAUCUAAUCACUCGCAUCGUCCGAGACUACGACGUCUAUGUUCGACGCAACCUGCAAAGAGGCUACACAGCCCGAGAACUAAACGUUGGAUUCAUUAACGAGAAUAAGUACCGACUCCAGAACCAGGUGGACAAGAUGAAAGAGACGGUCCGUACUGUGGAGGAGAAGUCCAAACACUUUGUCUACAGAGUGGAAGAGAAGAGCCAGGACCUCAUCAGCAAGUGGGAGGAGAAGUCGCGAGAAUUCAUCAGCAACUUCCUGCAGCUCUUUGGACCAGAUGGAGCAUGGCAUGUGAUUCAGGAGCGGAGUGGCCGGAUGCUCCAGGCCCUGUCGCCCUACUCUUCACCCCGUGGCUCCCCCAGCAGCAGCCCCACCAGACAACGCUCUGAUUCUCCCGAUUCCUCAUCUGCCUCCGCCUCCCCUCCCUCUUCUCCAUCCUCCCCCUCUUCACCUAAAAAUGGGACACGCUCCUCUCUCAAGUCUACGUCCACUUACAGUGGACAUGUGAAAUGAGCUCAUACUUGGCUCAUGAUCUAAGGGGGCUAAUAAUACAGUUUAACUUAAAUAAACAAAAUAAAAAUGAAGAACUUUAAUUUAUUACAGGUUUAUUGACGUGCAAGUGCAAUAUCAUACAAUGUACAUAAUAUUUCUUCUCUGAAAAGAAAAGGAAAAGCACAUUAAAAUUUUGCUUGGAUGUGUUUUGUCUUCUGCUAUUUGUUACGUAUGUCUAAAUAGGUAAGACAAUCUCACCCUCAAUGGGGCUUCAUGGGACUCAGGGUGUUAAUUAGAUAUAUGCAUCAAUACAGAGAGGUGCUUUUCAGACUUACAGUGAUAAUCAACCCACAAUGUCCCUGCCAUUUCAUGGACAUUGUGUAAAAUAUUUCUGCAAUAUAAGAUCAUUUUAUGGAGCUCUAAAGAAGAUAGACUCAUUUGGUGCUUAUACAUAUUACAUAUUAAGUGAAAAUAUCUAAAGUGAAAAUCUGCAAAUUCAUGAAGCACCUAAAACAAUUCAUGUUUUGCUUGAAACCUGCCUCAAACCAUUAUACACAAUACAGUUGCUUAUAUUUUACUGUCAACUGACUAAUCAAUCCAGAAACCAAUAAUUUCUGCGCUAAUUGUUGUCUGGUAGUGAUAUGAUUUAUAACGAAGGAUUAUAUUUCACAAGCUCUUUGUAUGUUUUGUAUGUAAAAAAUGUGUAGAGAAGCUAAAGCUGCCAGAAAAAUGGUGUGGGGGGUUUUUGUACUGUCUUUUCUCUCUAUCAUGAAUUGUAGUUAAGGUGAAGUAGCCUGAGUAAAAAAAUAAUAAAUUUAUCUGGAGUACAA